AUGAAUCAUGUUCUUCGUUUGGGCUCUUGUGUUCGUCUUCGGACCAACCCCACUCUGAGGUCGUGUUUUUCAUUCUUCCCUCGCACUGAAGCAGCUUCAUUACAGCUGCGUAGAUGGUCGUUUACUUUACGGACUGGAGGCAGAUAUGAUUUCCCCAGAUCUUUCACCAAAGUUAAUUAUUCCUCUGGCUCUCAACGUGGAACACCCUCUGGUAACAACCCUAGAUCCAUAGACCCCUAUGCAAAGAUUGCCGCUGGUAUUUCUGCUGCCAUUUUUUUCGUUGUGUGGCAUCUACUUAAUACUAUUUCCCCUUCACGGCCCAUAACAUAUUCGGUGCUUAUUUCCAUGAUGGAACGAGGCAAUGUCCAGAGAAUAGUGGUGUCUCCUUCUGGAGUUGCUAAUAUCUAUCCUUAUCAAGAUGGUUAUAUGCCCUUCACUCUGACUCUUUCAAUGACCGUGGACGAAUUCGUGAAGAGACUGAGAUCUCUCGAGGAUAUGUGGGGUAUAGAGGAGAAUGAUCGCAUUCCUAUCAUUACGUCAGAUAUACCUUUGGAUACGGGUUUACAGACGUGGAAAGUGGAGUUGUGUACAGCCCUACUAUUAAUGGCUACUGGAUUGUUAGCGUUUGCAAGUAAAAGAGUGGUUUCAUCAUACAACUUGGGGAAGACGGUGAAUGAUACUACUACGAAAAGUAUGCCACGCCAUCAUGAGGACUUUAAACCGAAUUCAUCCCAGAAGGAAUCGGGUUCAAAUGCAAAUGCUGAGAGUGAUCGUCCCUCUUUUCGUUCACCUUUCACAUGGGAUCCGUUUGGUGGUUUUAGUUCAGUUAAACCCACAACAUCAAGUGUAAAAUUUAAGGAUGUUGCUGGUCUUCAUGCGUGCAAGCAAGAAGUCAUGGAAUUUGUGUCCUACUUAAAAGAUCCUCGAAAGUACCAGGCAUUAGGAGCCAAGUUACCGAAAGGAGCACUUUUGCUUGGUCCUCCAGGAACUGGAAAGACUUUGCUUGUCAAAGCGUUGGCCAAUGAAGCUGAGGUCCCAUUCUUUUCAAUGGCUGGACCAGAGUUUGUGGAGGUUAUUGGUGGACUUGGAGCUCUUCGUUUACGACAGCUUUUUAAAAUUGCUCGUUCUCAGCCACCAGCUAUAAUAUUUAUAGAUGAACUUGACUCCCUUGGACGACGUCGUAGUUCUGUUGACAGCGGAAGAGGCAGUAGAGGCGGCGGCGGGGGUGGUGUAUCUGAGAUGGAACAAACAUUAAAUCAACUACUUGUAGAAAUGGAUGGAAUGGAUACAACUGAAGGUGUUAUUGUAUUUGCGGCUACAAAUCGAGCUGACCUAUUAGACAGAGCCUUACUGCGUUCAGGACGAUUUGAUAGACAUAUCUUUGUUGAUCUACCCAAUUUGGCUGAACGUAAAGAAAUAUUCGCUUUAUACAUUGCUAAAUAUCAACUUGCUCCUGAUGUUGUACAAGAUGAACUCGUUGAAAGAUUAUCGGGAUGGUGUCCUGGAAUGACUGGAGCUGAUAUUUCUCGUUUGUGCAAUGAAGCGGCCUUAGUUGCUGCUCGAAGAGAUAGUGAAGUUUUCGGUGUGACAAAAGCUGAUUUUGAAGUUGCUUUUGAAAAAAUAUUAGCAGGUACUGCGAAACGUUCCAAUCCCCUUACUGCUGCUGAACGUCAUAUGGCUGCUGUGCAUGAGUCAGGCAGAGCUCUCGUAGCAUGGCUACUUCCGCGUAGUGGAUUGCUUCCAGUGAAAGUUUCGAUUAUACCACGUACAGUUUCUGGUCCAGAUACAGUCGGAGAUUUGGGUUUCACUCAACUGAUAUCAGAAGAAAAAUAUCUUUUGAAUAGCGAGGAUCUUGCUGAUCGUAUGGCUGUGUUACUUGGAGGCAGGGCAGCUGAACACAUUGUUUACGAUGCUAUUUCCGAUGUUUCACAGAAGUAUUUACGUCAAGCCAGUAAAUUAGCCAUGAAACAAGUUCGUCAAUUUGGCAUGUCGAAAACAAUUGGCAACCUUAGCUUCGAUGAGGAAUCAUCAAGUGGACGGUUUUCUGUGAAACCUUUCUGCCAGAAAACUGAAGCUAUGAUGGAGCUAGAAGCUCAUCAACUUGUAACUUCAGCAUUUAAACGUUGUGUACAAAUGCUACAAGAAAAUAAGCGAAACCUCCUAGUAUUAAUUGAUGCCCUUGUAAAAAAAGAAGUUCUCACUUACGAUGACCUAACACAAUUAUUAGGCGAUAGCCAGAGAUCACCAAAAAUUAAACCUCGUUUAUGA